AUGCACGUUUGCUCCUAUGCAUCUCUAAAUCCCGUAGAUGAAACAAAUAUUCCCAUUAGUGACGAUAUGAUCAAUAUUCGUGCGCCAACUUUUUAUGCGUGGCAGACUACGUUGUUGUACAUUUUUCUAACUGCUCAGCUUUGUGCCAUGUUAGCUCUGCUGUCGUACCUGUUCUCUCGUAAUGCUAAUCUGAAGAAAGCUGUACAUAUUAUAUUUUCCGGACUUGUAGCGCUGGCAGCAUUGAUCUCCAUUGGAUGCUGUAUAGCUUUUAUGAUUUUGUCACAUAUGGUCGAAUAUCGCUUCCAUCAUGUCUCUGUUAGCGGCAUAUAUGAAAAACGUCAGGGAUAUUCGUUUUACCUCGGACUCACUGGGUCAUUGCUAUAUCUACUCGCUCUGUUUCUUUCCAUUCCUAGGACUUUGAGCGUCAUUCGGGACCACUCGGGAUCUAGGGGUCCAAUUGAAACGAGCCACUAUCCUGCUUCUGGUAUGCGGUACACCCUUGAGGACGAUUUUGCCAUGCGUGGGCUUCCGAAUACCCCUCGAAAGGGCAGUUCUGACGUGAUUAUUCUGUCCUUUCUUGUGGCAGGUUUGAAUGUGAUGUCAGCUUUUAUCCGCACGCUUUUCAAAGCUCCUCCUAAUUACUCGUCAUUCAUCGAACUGUACGAAAAAAUUUUUGCUUAUGUUGUAGAGAAAUGCUGUAGUCGCAUCAAAGCAACUUCUUCCACCUCCUUGAUCGUCGCUGUUGUUGCUCAAAAUGUAAUUGGAUGUAUUGAUUGA